GUAAUGUUUCAGGAGUAUAUAAAUUACACGGUUCCAUUAUGCUUAGAAUUGUAGAGGACGAGCAAACAUGGGGAGUGAAGUGAAAACACUGUUACUAAUUCUUGUGAUCUCUAUUCAUUUUAAUUCUCAAGAAGCUGCAUGCUGUGCACGUGGCGAUAAUACAGGUACACAGUCAGAGAUGGGAAACUCUGAACUAAAUUCAGCUGGUAAUAAUCCAAAUGAUGGGGGAACUAUUCCGGAUUAUAUCUUCUCUUUCGAACCUUUCGUUGCCUAAAUCUCAAGUCAUAAGUUUUUAAAGUUAUGUACUUUUAUCAACGUUUAACAUUCUGUUUAUUUAUGGCACAUUCUUUGAUGUAUAAAUAAUGAAUAUUUUCACAAUAUCCUUCCUUUAUUUAUUUGUGAAAUUUCUAAAUAAGUUAGUGAAUGUUAUUGAUUGUAAAAGUAGUGUGUUACGUGUUACGUGGUUUUACAGGUCAAGUAACAAAAUUAUGUAUGUUUGUUACAGGCUGGAGAUAUUUGUGAGUUGAUUAUUUUAAGUGCUUUUUUGUUGAAACUAACAGUAUAAAAUUUGUUUAAUAACAAUAGUUAUAACCUAAUGGAAUAUGUUUAUAAAUCAUAUUUCAAUGAAAGAUGGAAUGUCACUGAUUAUUAGAUUUUGAAUAUAUGAGAAAUAUAACUGUGAUUAUGGAUAAUUUAUCUCCAUC